CAGCUGAUCGCAUGUAAACAGGGAAAUGCCGGUUAUCGGCAUUUCUCUCCUCACGAGCUGUCACGUAUAGCCCCAGCAGUGCCACCUGUCAGUGUCCAUCAAUGCCAGCUUGUCAGUGCUCAUCCAUGCCACCAGCCAGUGCCCAUCAGUGCCACAUCAAUGCCACAUACCAGUGCCUACCAGUGUACAUCAAUGCCACAUAUCAGUGCCCAUCUGAGCUGCCUUUCAGUGUCACCCAUCAGUGCCAGUCAGUGCCACCUAUCAAUUACAAUCAGUGCCACCUAUCAGUGCUGCCAAUCAGUGCCACCUAUCAGU